GCAUCUCUCUCUGAAUUUAUUUAAUUUUAUGUCGUUCUUGUUAUUAAUAAAAUGAUUCCAUCGCUUGUUAUAGGCAAAAUGUCAUACAAAACUAAAAAGCGAAAAGAUGUCGAGGAGCGCAAAGUGAACAAUGACGAGCAAGACAAUUUUUUUACCGCUGAGAUGAAAGAGGAGAUGGAAGUAAUGUGGGAGAUACCACAAAUUUUCCAUUUCCUCUACUUAACAAAGGAAUCUCUUAGUAUACCUCAAUUAUCUUUGUAUGAAAUGGAAAGGAUGCUGAUGAUACCGAGAGCUUCUAAACAAUUAGCAAACAUUAUGACGUGUCUGCUGAGUUCUCCGAUAACCAAAACGAAGCUACAUAAGGUGCCACCGAUGCCGUAUGAAUUUUGGACUAAUAUUCUCGCGUAUAAAAUAUCAAGCUGGUUCAAAAUUUAUCGUGCGAAGCAUGAAGACGCAACUAAAGUUCUAGAAACUAUUGGCGUUGAACCAGAAUUUUGGAAUGUUUUUCCCGAAACUUCGAUGCUCGAUGGCAAAGACUUUGAAGAUCUUAGCUUCAAGCAAAGGGUCUGGUUGCUGAAAACUGUCUGUGAUACAAUCAUGCAUACUAGAAAAACAGUUCAAGAAGAUAUGGUGAAUCAACCAUGGCAGGAUCAGUUUGAAACAGUUUUAGGAAUAGAUCGUAAUGGAGCGAGAUACAUUUACUUUCCUCAAUUUAUGCCAAACGAUUUCAGAAUUUACAGGCAUUCUCUGGACAAUAAGAUCUUGUCGACUGUUAAGCCUGCCAGACAAAAGCAAGAGAAGGAAAGAAGCAAAUUCAUUAGAUACAAAAAGAGAAAAUUACAAAUACAGAAUAACUUAUCCAAUCACAGGCUUGAAAAUAGAAACGAUGAUAAAGAUCUUAGUAAUAACGAUAGCACCACAGGUUCGUUUGUCAGUGAGGAUACGAAUUUGAGUAGUAUCAGUACGUGCAGUAAUAAUAACAACAACCUGGACACUGUAAAUAGGAAGCGUCGCAGGAGUUUGUCGAAACUAUCCGAGGAAAGUUCAAACGCGAGAUCCAGCGGUUACGAUACCCAUAAUUCCAGCGAUACCAAAUCUGUCGACGAUGAGUCAUCGCCGAUGUUUAAAGGUUUCACUAAUACUCAAAAUGACAAUUGCAGUAUAGGAAUAAUUAAUGAAAUGUUACAUGAUUUGAAAACUGAAAUUGACGAAGAAAAAAAUGUGAAUGAAUGUGAAAGCAGUAAUAAAUUAAUAUCACAAGAAAACUUAGCGGAAUUGUACAAAAAUACUACAGUAACCUGUAGUGAAACUUUUGACGAAAAGAAUGAGAACGAGAAAUCAGGUGAUAACUUAUCUAAUAGUUCAAAAACAGACGACGAGAAAUUGAAUGAAAUAAUUAAUGCUGAAAGUUCCAAAUUACUUGAAGAUGUAUGUUCCAAAAAUAUUUCCGCCAGUGACAAUGUAAGUGAUAUUUCAAUGUUGACGUCUCUUUCGGAUGACGAGAAACUGAGUGAAACGAAAACUAGUGAUAAUAAUGUUAGCACAAGUGAAAACAAUUUAAAUAAAAAAAGAACUUUUAAUGAGUUUUAUUCAUCUUCUUCUAUCAAUAGUACAUCAUUAAGUAAAAAAGUGACUAGACAAUAUCUUAAUAAAACACCACCAGUGAUAGAAGCAGAAUCAAAUGAUUCAAUAAAAAAAAAUAAUUUGAGAAAAGGAAUGAAACUACGAUCUCGAAAUGUAAUAAAGCAGUGCAAUAAAAAACAUACAACUCAAAUAACAGGAGAUGAGAUAAACGAAAAACAGAAAGCAGAAGACGAUCAAAUAAAUGAGACAGAUGAAGAAACUUUAAGUGAGCGAUUACAAGCAAACAUAGAAUACGAUUUGGACAAUGACACAAACAAUAUUGAUAUUGAUUACAAUUUACGAAGAUCUAGGAAUCCAAAGACAGAUGAAUGCAAGCAACGUUUCGACAAGAUGUUGUCUGAUCUUAACGUUUCUGAUUUUUAUCUUUUAGUCGACAGUGUGGAAGAAUUACGGGACCUCAUUGCCAGUUUUUCAGAAAAUGAUUUGAAAAGCAAUAAUUCCGAUAACGCGGAAAUUAUUCCUUUGUGUGAAGUAAAAUUGGUAAAGCAGUUGACUGAAUUAUUAAGUUCUGUGGAACCAGUAGAGACAACUCUAAAGGAUGCAAUGCGAAAAGCGAAGGCAAAACUUCAAAGGGAAUGGACUAAUUUUAAAGAAGGCAGUGUGGAGGAUCAGGACUCAUCCGGUGAGAGUGGUCUCAGCUCUAAUUGGUGGGUUCUUGGGACGCAGGGCAGGGAUCCACUCUCAACUCCCGGAGACGCAACGUUACAAACGUUAUCGCAAUCUGCCGUAUCCCCACUUGGCACCAAAAAUACACAAAAACAAUCACGACAAGUCGAGAACGAAAACGAAAGUACGGUCAAAAAUUCUAAACAAAGUCACCACGAGAGCCGAGAGCCGAGUGACGAAUGGCAAAACAGAAAUGAUACUAAACAUUCGAAGAUUGAGGCAGAAUCAAGAAGAAACGAAGCUGUGGAGAAAGAAAAGAAACUGGAAGUCAAACAAGACGGAGAAAACGAGAACGUCUCAAACGACGAAGAUGCAGAGCAGGAAACACAAUACAGUAGGCGAGUGUUACGAGCGCGCGGCGUCUCUUCAUACACAGAACAGCUUUAUUCAGAUGACGACAGCAAUGAGGACGAGUUGGAGGAAUGGACCGACGUUGAGGCAGUGUACGCGGCUCCCGGCACACAGACCAAUACAUCCGCUUCUCACGUUAAUUCGAAAGAACGAAACGCUGAUAACAGGUCGGACGAGGAGGACUCAGACCAAGAUUGGAUUCUACCAAGCUCUCGCAAAAGGAAAAAUAAACGUUCGUCUACCAAUCGAAGAUUAAAAUCGUUUGAACAUAAAGUACAAAACAUUAAGGAAAAUACGUCUCAGAUUAAUGCGGCAUCUGAUGUUUCUCAUCCUAAUGUGAAAAUUAUCAAAGAUAAAUUGAAGGAUAAACUCAAAGAUAACAAGCCUGAAAAUGCAGUUGCCCCACAAAUCCUUCAUAAUAUUAACAAAAAUAAAAGAGAAGUUUCUUCCAUGGACACAAUUUGUAAGAUUGAAUCUGUCAAGAGUGUACAUUCGGAACUUGACAUUAAGGAUGAGGGUCCAGUGUAUGAGUCUAAUCCAGACGCCACAAGCCAGCAAUAUGAACAAAGUAAUUACGAACCCGCGAAUUCGCAACAGAAAUAUUAUUACAUGGUGCCACAGAAUUCUGGAGUGGUGCCCCAGGGAGCGAUUAUCCAGGGAGCCGUAUCGCAAGCUCCGCAAGCGACUUACUACAUGCAGCAGCCUUACGUAAUACAAGCUCCACAGGGCAAAUAUGUACCCCUUCAGCAACAACAGUUUGUUUAUCAACAGCAAAAUCCACAGAUGCUAUCUCAAACGUACUUCAACAAUACGAAUUACGUGUCUUAUGUAGCGGUUGCAACACAGCCUCAAACAGAGUAUGUGGUUGCACCAAUGACAAAUCAGCCAAACUUGCAAAAUCCGAUUCAAUGUGCUCCGAGACAAAAUAAGCACAUCCAAAAUAACAAACAACUGGCACCUCGACCACAGAACUCACAGAUCGGUACAGUGAUAAGAAGCGUUGGCACACCUAGCAGAGGUCAAAGACCUACCCAUUCGAGAAACAUCCCUUUGAGACAAAAACAGAAAACAUCACAGACAUCUAGCACGGAAAACAGUAGUCAGAAGGUCACAUCUCUAAUUAUGCUCAGUGAUAGCGAUGACGAGAUAGAAAUGAUCAUAAUGGAAAAGCCUACCAAUUCCACAGAGAAAACAACUCCAACCAGUGCUAGAUCAUCGGAGAUUCAAGGAAUUGCUAAUCAAUCUAGACAGAAACCUACAAUCACUUCGGACAUCACUGUCCCUUCGACAAAGGGCAUUCUCUCACCGCAAAUCAUUCAGCGAAUGAGCCAGGGCGGUAUAUCCAUCACACCAGUGAAAAACAAUCCGCCGCCAACGACGAAUGCCAACACACAGCUGGUGGUGGUCGUAAACGAGACCGGAAGUCACUAUGCCUUGGCACUACCUAAUGGCAGCAAACUCAUACUCACUCCAGAACAAGUGGCACAGAUUAGAGCUUCAAACGGAGGAAAACUAAUUUUGUAGAGCGUGUAAUACUAUGAUUAUCCCUAUAUUACAUAAACCACGUGCGUCUUUGUUCUGUUUCUUAAUUUUUCAU